AGUUCAGAAAGUAGUAAGACCUUAAUAUAGUAUAAAUAUGUCUAUAAAAUUUCAAAUAUAAGGGGGUAUUUAUGCAUUAUCCCUUUUCUUAUCGUAAAAGUAAGUGAUCAAAUAAAUUAUCUUAAUUUCUUUUGUAACUUUGUGUAUUCUAUUUCCACACCAAAUUACUCUUGAAACCAUAAAUAAGACAUUCCCAUUUUUGUUCCCUCCCUCGGGAAAUCCCCCUUCAUAAAUCACAUCUUUUCUAUUUAUUGAAUCUUCAAAUCCUCACUGCUCGCCUCUCCCUAAUUUUGUUGCUAUUAUUCCAGAUUUGUUUCAUUUGUUUACUCCGACGAGAAUCUCAUUCCUCCAUUCAUCUUAAACAACAAUUUUUCAGAUUCUCUCUCUGAUAAAAAUACCCAAAGUUAGUUUCUCCGUGAAUUUUACUUUUACAUUUCCGUCUCAGAGAAGAGUAAAAAUGAAUAUGAAUUCAAUUUCGGUGUUGAAAUUGGUUCUGUUUAUAUUCUGGCCAUGGCUGGUUAACUCGAAAGGAGAACAGAAUCGCCUACUGGUCAACAUGACUCUGGUUCAAAACGCUACUGCUUUAGGAGCAUAUUGCUUGGAUGGAAGUUUGCCGGCGUAUCACCUGCACCGUGGUUUUGGAGCUGGAGUAGACAACUGGCUUUUGCAAUUUGAGGGUGGUGGGUGGUGCAAUGAUAUCAAAUCAUGCUUGGAUAGAUCCAAAUCAAAUCAUGGAUCAACUCGUUAUAUGAACAAAUGGGAAGUAUUCUCUGGCAUCCUCAGCAAUAAUGCCUCUUUUAAUCCUGAUUUUUAUAACUGGAAUAGGGUGAAGAUCAGAUAUUGUGAUGGAGCCUCAUUUUCUGGUGAUGCUAAGUUCUAUAAUGGGACAUCAUUGCUUUAUUUCAGAGGGCAAAGAAUUUGGCAAGCUAUUAUUCUUGAUCUUCUCCCAAAAGGUCUGGGGCACGCAAAGAAGGCUAUGCUUUCUGGCUGCUCUGCUGGUGGUCUGGCAACCUUUUUACACUGUGACAACUUCACCAGUUAUCUACCAAAUAAUGCCAGUGUGAAGUGCUUGAGUGAUGCUGGGUUUUUUUUAGACGAGAGAGAUAUAGCUUUGAAUCACACAAUGAGAUCUUUCUAUGAAGGUCUUAUUACCCUACAGGGGGUGGAACCAAAUCUCAAUCUAAAUUGCACUUCUACUCUCUACUACCCACACCUGUGCUUCUUCCCACAGUAUGCAUUACCAUUCAUCGAAACGCCAUUCUUCAUCUUAAAUUCAGCAUAUGACGUGUACCAAUUCCAUCACAUAUUGGUGCCGCCUUCUUCCGAUCCUCGACGGCAUUGGGAUCAUUGCAAGUUGAAUGUCACAGCAUGUGAUACAAGUCAACUGAAUAUUUUGCAAGGGUUCAGGAUAGAUAUGCUUACAGCGUUGAGAGAUUUCUAUCAAAAUUCAACUAGAGAUGGGAUGUACAUAAACUCUUGCUUCACUCAUUGUCAGAGUGAGACACAAGAUACUUGGUUUGCAGCUGGCUCUCCUCGAAUACACAACAAGACAAUUGCGGAGACAGUCGGUGAUUGGUACUUCAGUAGAAACAUCAGCAAGGAGAUUGAUUGUGCAUAUCCCUGUGAUACUACAUGCCACCACAUGAUUUGACGCAGAGAUCCAAUGUUGCUAGUCAUAAUGCUGAUCUUCAAAGGGUAAUUGGAACCCAGAAACUCAGCUAUACAAAGCCAUAGACAACCUUGGUUACAUAGCGCAGAUUAGUUCAUUUAUAAGGGGGUGCAGGGAAGGAAUAGGUGUUAUAUACAUAUAUACUCAUAUUGCAGAGUAAGAAACAAACAUUCUUUUAUUUAGAGAGGUUCACAGAGAGCAAAUGUAUACAUCGUCGUCUAGAAAAGGAUAUGGUACAGAUCCAUGAUGUGCAGAAUGUCGCACCGCUGAGUCUGAAAAUUUCAUGUUCAAAUAUCAGGCCAAGAAAAUAUAUUCAUUAUUGUUCUGUUAUUCCCCUGAA